GGGCGAGAUGCGUGGUACACCCUGACCAACAGGCGGCGCAAACGAGCAAACUCGACCUAAACACACCAGCUGUGCUCCGCUCUGUGACAACUCCACUGCUGCCUUGAUUUAUGUAAAGAUAAGUCUUCUUCCGUCUGAACCACGGUCAAAGAAAGGCUACACCUUAUUUGGUGUAGUCGAACAAAAAAGGAGAUUCCAGUACAGAGUCAUAUAGUUGGCGGGGAGAGUUUACUGCUUUGCUUUUAAGGAGAGAGAAGAUGUAUUUUCCGGGCCAACAAGCAGCAAGUGGAGCCACUCCUGGAACCGGUUACCAAGUGGAGGUUGUUCAAGGAGCCAUUGAGGAUCAACAGGAUGAUGCCAUUGUAUGUCCUAUGAUUGGCCAUGAUCCUUUCUGUUCUCGCAUUGGAAAGACUUUGAGCAAUAUAAUUGGAGGACAGCUGGAAGAAAAGUUUAACAAAGAAACGGGAAAGGCGACUCUGCCAAGUGAAACAGUUGUGGUUGAGGGCCUACCUGGUCUUCAAUGUAAGGCAGUCAUCUUCCUCAACCUACUCUGCUGGGAUAAUAACGAACAUGGAACUGCAGUCCAGGCGCUACGACAGGGAAUCAAACGGAUUCUGUCUGUCUGUAAAAUCAGAGGCUACAGUUCAGUAGCUCUGCCGGUUCUUGGGACCGGCGCUCUCUUACGCUUUCCACACAAAAUUGCUUCCACAAUUCUUCUGGAGGAGAUUGGUGUAUAUGGACAAAACCGAACCAAGAAGUCACCCUUCCUAGUUCGAGUCAUUGUUUACCCAAAGGACAAAGAAUCGAGGCAGGCCUUUAAGUGCGCCCAGGGUGUGUUGCUUCAAAAAGGAUACAUAAGCCAUGUUAAUUUAGCUGAAGGUUCCUUUUACCAAUGUGUGUCUGCAGUUGAUGACGAGGUCACGGCCAUGAUCGGCACAGUCAAACUUCAGCUCGUCUGCGGCGACAUCGUAAACGCAGGAACUGAUGUCAUUGUCAACACGACCAACUUUUCUAAUCUAUGGUUUGGUGUCUCCAAAGCCAUUCUGCAAGCAGCAGGCCACGCUGUCCAUGCUGAGUUGGUGCAAGUGGGCACUCCAGAAGACCUCAUUUGCACAACAUCAGCUGGGAAGCUUGGAUGCAAACAAAUAAUCCAUGCCAGGUUCAAGGGCAGCACCUAUAGGAUCCGUAGCACUUGCAAAAAAAUCCUGCAGCUCUGUGAGAGCAACGGGUACGGCUCAGUGGCCUUCCCAGCCAUUAACACUGGACAGGCCGGUAUGCUCUAUGGUGAAUCUUGUAGAGCAAUGCUGGACGGCAUGGCCGUGGCUGUCAAGGAGAUGAAUCCAGAUUUUGUAUCUCUGAUCCGCAUCGUCAUCCUGGAAAAACAGGUCUUUCAGGCUUUCAGAUCCGAGCUGGAGAGUCGCUGUCAGCAGGAUGACGUUCAGAGCUGGUUCAGCUUUCUAGGGUUCUCUAAACAACCAACAAAGAAAAUACUGGACAUGUAUUUAGCAAGCUCAUCGUCUACAUCACCUCAAGACCAAAUGGUUGAGCUUCCAGAGGGAGCAAAGUGGGCGAUUGAAGAUGAAAGUGGAGAAUUGCUGGAACUCUGCCUGCUUGACAAGGAAGCUGACUUGAAGAGAGAAUUGUCUUUGGAAAUGUCGACAAAGGAUGGCAAACGCUUCACAGUAAACUUAAAAACCAGAGAAGCAACAGACUGUUCGACAGGCACAUCGUACAAAAUGAAAAAUGUGGUAACUGAACCUGACAAUGUGGCUUCUGCUUUGGCGCUGGAGUUACCGCCACACUGGGAACCUAUGACUGGGCAGCUCUUUAAAAAGGUAGAGUUAGACCCUAAAUCGCCCGAGUAUCAGGAAGUGGCCAACAAUUUCCAUAAAACUACUUCCUACACUAUUCACAAGAUUGAGCGAGUGCAGAACGUCUACCAGUGGCACGCCUUCAGCAUCUGCCGGUACCGUAUACUUUCCAAGAACGGCGAAGCAGACCUGGGUGAAAAGUUUCUCUACCAUGGCACAUCUGCAAAAUCAUGCAACACCAUCGAAAGAGACCGAUUCGACAGGAGUUACGCAGGACAGCAUGCUACAGCAUUCGGAAAGGGGGUGUACUUUGCUGUCAACGCAAAUUACUCAGCCACCCACUACUCCUUAGCAGAUGAAUCGGGCUUAAAGCGACUGUACGUUGCGCGUGUUAUUACCGGCCGCUACACAGUUGGUAAUUCCACCAUGAAAGCCCCCCCUCCUCGAGGUACAGACCCUGCCGACUGCUUCGACAGCUUGGUAAACUGUCAGGUGAAGCCCAUCAUCUUUGUUAUCUUCCACGACGACCAGGCCUACCCAGAGUACCUCAUCACCUUCAGCUGAGCAAAACUAAGGACACUCGGAAACAUUCACACCUUGCGAUUCAUAGUCACUGUUCACUCACUGUGCCAUUCCUCUUCUCAGUGCCACUGGUCUGAUAUGAAAUCCCACAAUUUGGGCUUCUCCAGCUCUACCUCUCAUUCACUGUUUUCAUUCAAACUUUUUACCAACCUGCUCUGAAUGAUUGACUUUUGGUGGGAGAAAAAAAGACAAUGCUUUGGAAAGAGUUUCACACUUUUGUCAUUCACAACCAAUCACUGUUUGUUCUUACCGCCAAAUUUGACUGUGGGUAUGGUGCCAUUUCUAAAACCAGUCAUGUGACAUCCAAAAAGUUACAGUAGGCUGUUACCUGAACAGAUUUGAUCCUUCCUGUGUUUUGAAAUCUGGUUCCACUGUUUUGCAGCAAACUGGAGACAAGUUUCAACUUACUUGCUCUGUAGCAGCUAAGUUCUACAGAGCACUUAGCUGCUACAGAGCAAGCAAGUUGAAACUUGUCUCCAGUUUGCUAAUCCAGAGUUUUCCUAAGAGCAUUCCUUGGUUAUUGGAUUGCUUUUUUUGUGUGUUUUUUAUUUAGGUGUCCUAUGGAUGAAUUUUCCUUUGCCAGUCAUGACCCCCAACGGUGCUCACUGGAAUAUUCAGAAAUGUACAAAACAUCCAUUUGUAUCCAAUGUAGUUAGUAUUGUUUUUGGUAUUUUUAAGGUUGUAAAGGUCUAAAGAGAAAUGUUUGCUAAGGUAAUCAUUUUCUGCAAAGUUAGUUGAUUUUAAUUUGACUGAUACAAGGAGGAUUGCUUUCUACAUAAAACCAAUCCACAACAGGUGGUCAAUUGUUAGACACUUUACCACAUUAUCCUUCCGCUGUAGAACACAUAAUCUCUUUUGAAUUAGUUUGACCUCCUCUUUCAGAUCUGAUUGUAUUGUGUGACUGGAUUUUGACCUGCAGGUUGAAUGGGAGGUCAAAAAGGAGCGAUGUCAAACUCAGGAAGUGUCAGUAUUGUUUGUUUAUAAGUGCCAGCCAACUUCAAGCUCUGGAAAUAAAUAACCAAUAAUCAGUUCAUAAAAAUCAUAAUCCUACCAGGCUGUUUAAAUUAGUAUAUAUGUAGAGUAAUUGCAAAUCUUUCACAACUGCUUGUGAAAGUAGUCUCUCCUACUAUUCUCAGAACAUGAGUAGAUCUGAAAAUAACUCCCUUUUUUUAAUCAUAACUACUUUCUGAAAUAUGCAAGAACAUACUGUAUUUGUAUUGUGCUGAGGGGUUUGGUAAAUUGGUGUAUUUUUUAAUGGGAUAUAUUUUAAAUGGGGAAAACUUAACAAUAACUAACUGAUAUUGUUCAGUGUAGCUCUGCAUCUCCCAUGGAUUUGAGCUUAUUAACUAAUUGGCUGAUAGUCCCUGAGUGUUUGACAGAAAGGACUUACAACCAUGAAUGGACUGCUUUAUUUUUAACACUUGUGUGUUUAAAAUAUAUGGACUCAGCUUGUUGGUUUUGUCUGAGCUGCUUAUGUUAGUCUUACAUCACUGGUGAUUUGUUCUUUAUUGCUGUACUUUUUACUGUGUUUUAUAUGUUUUACAGGUCAAUAAAUGUUUUUGUGCCAGA